AUGGACUGGGUCUCAAAUGUUUGUCAUUUGCUAUUCAAUUGCUCUUCUUCUUCCACACCGCCUUUGUCCUCUCUGUCGGAUUUUGUUCCAUCUGUGUUGCCCUCGAUGGAUGUUGCUUUUAUCCCUAAUUUUGGAAGUCGGUCCACCGAAAUUACAGAAGUGGUUGAUUGUUAUGUAUUAACUCCACCGUUGAUUCUUGAUAUGGGAUUAGAAGUCGGAGGUUCAUGGUCGGAUUGGAAGCAUCAGAAAUUAGGAAACGAAAAUGGAAGAGGCACCAGGUUAGUUAUAGAAGGAAAUGGUAAUACAGUUUCAGUAGAUGAUAUAGUGGAUAAGGUCACAUCAAUGGGUUUCAGGAGGGACCUUGGUGGACGAAUGGCAGCUAUAAACUUGGAGUCAAGAGCAGCUUUACUUGCAGCAGAACAGAUGAUUCGGCGGUGGUGCCUUUGGAGGAUAUUCAGGUUGAUGAUAACCUGA